GUAUUACUUAAAGGCGGAAGUAACUGCUCUGAUCGGUUUGUUGUGUACAAGUUGAGGAGAAUGGCCGAUGAGGAUGAAGAUCAGACCUUUGAGGAAGAGAAUGAUGACGCAGCAGGCGGUGCGGAAGGAGGACCCGGACGACGGAAGAGGCUUUUCUCCAAAGAGCUGAGAUGCAUGAUGUACGGCUUUGGAGAUGACCAGAAUCCAUACACCGAGUCGGUAGACAUCCUGGAAGAUCUAGUUAUAGAGUUCAUUACAGAGAUGACCCACAAGGCCAUGUCUAUUGGACGCCAGGGCAGGGUGCAGGUAGAAGACAUCGUCUUCCUCAUACGGAAAGAUCCUCGGAAAUUCGCGAGAGUAAAGGACCUGCUGACUAUGAACGAGGAGCUGAAGAGGGCAAGGAAAGCCUUCGACGAGGCCAACUAUGGCUCCUGAGGACUACCUGAUGUCAUACAACCCCACACUGACUCGCCUGGGAGCAAUAAACACACACGGCGGGGGUUAACGGCCCCCAGCAAACCAGGUUCUUCAAUCAUUUUGGGAGCAGAGAAAUCCUGCAGGUUUUUGAUUUGAUUUCUGACUCCUUUCUGCACGAACGGCUCAGGAAUUGGGGGGUUUUGGCUUGGACCCCUAGGACGGCGUAUGAGGCGCUCUCCCAGUUACUGACUCGUUCUCAUGCAUUCAUGUUGUAUUUUAUUUUUUUUGUUCUUGUAAAAUGUAUUAAAAAAACAAAACGUUUGAAA